GAUAAUGAAAUUAAUGCUAAAAAGGGUGUACUAAAUAACCAGUCUGCGACUCUAUCGAUCUCAAGAUCUCAACCUUUUGUUUCGAAGAAUAAUGAAGCCAAUAUUAAGACGAAUGUACCAAAUGAUCAAUCUGUAACUUUACCAAUUCCAAAACCUCCACCAGGAAAAUGUCAAUAUGCGCAUUUGUACUUAAAACUAAAUUUAGAUAAGUCCACAUAUAACAGCUAUAUAAGUGCUUUUUAUAAUCUUGUUGAACUUUAUGCAUCCCGCGAUGUUGAAUACAAGAAUAUUGAUAAAAAUUUGAAAGCUAACAUUAUACGCAAGAAUCCUUUCUUUUCUAAAUGUAUUGGCGAUUGGGCUUUACAUUAUCUUAUGCGUCGAAAAAUCAACAUUAUCUGUGAUAAUGCUCAUCGUAAAAAUAAGCCUAAAAAUAAUGAUGAUAAAAGAAAAGCAAAACAUAAAGCCUCUGUUCCUUAUAAUAAUCGAUCACAAGACCGAGAUGAUUCCAGUCCAUAUUUAAUCGAUAGUGAUAACGAUCAAGGAAAUUCAUCUGUUGUUAAAUACAUAGAGAAAACUAUAGCAACUGAUAUAUCCCAUACAAAGAAAAAAAAUGAUGAAGCUAAUAAUCUUAAAUCACAAGUUCGAUUGACGAAACCUACCAAAAAAAAAUCUAAAGUUGACAUUUCUGAUGAAUAUACUAAUUCUUUACCUUGA